UCGAUGUUUGCGCACCUAGCACUAGUCAUGGUUCUUGUGGCUGGAAAAUUAAAAAAAUUUAAACAAAAAUAAGGACGGCGCCGCGAGUUGCACAAUGAAUGAAUAAACCCCACCCCCUCCACAAACUAUUGCAAAUCCCCAAGAUUGUGCCAAAAAGAUAAAAUAAAAGAGGAUCCCCAAUAGAUACAUCAAAUUGGAUAACAACAAGAACAACAACACCAGCAAUAAUAAGAACAACAAAAAAUAAUCUACAAUCAUCGAGGGAAAGCGACGACUUAAAGCCAUUAUUAUUUAAAACCCUGCUGCUGUUUUUUGGUUCUAGUCCUUCGUCCUUGGUUCUUUUUGUUUCGGUAACCGUUUGUGCAGCAGCAGCUCUGAAUGUCUUUAUGCUUUAAUCAUGGUGUAUUUCGCCACCAACAACAACAACACCGACACACGCUGCUAUAUUAGAAUCUUUCUGAUAACGAACCAUGACAGAAGGACAUGAAAGCGACUUCUUAGUUACAGUACGCGCACAGGUAAUGACCAGAGACGAGAGCACCGAGGGCUGGCUACCGCUGGCCGGGGGUGGCCUGGCCAACGUUUCCAUUAGGAAGCGGGCUAGGCUAUCCCCAUUGGCAUCGGGUCAUGACUACAUCAUCUACGGGCAAAGGAUAUCGGAUCAGAGCGUAAUCUUGAGCUGUGUGAUCAAUCGUGAUCUGAAGUAUUACAAAGUAAUGCCCACAUUUCACCAUUGGCGCGCAGGGAAGCAGCGGAACGGACUCACAUUUCAAACGGCCGCCGAUGCGCGGGCUUUUGACAAGGGCGUCCUGCGCGCCUACAACGAGCUGAUCGAUGGACUGGCGAAAUCGAAUCCAACGAUAAUAUGCCCUCCGCUUACCAAAUAUGAUUCGGUUGGCGAAGAUGAUGUUUUCAUGACCCUGGACUUACCUGUGGAGAGCGAGAGUUUACAAAAGAUCCAUUCUAGCCCCGAGGGCAGCGAGAAAAGUCACAAAAGCGUCAGCGACCGGCAUAGCAACAACUCUGACUCGGAGAAGCUGCCACCGCCGCCCAUUCACUACAUAUCCACGGACAAAACAUCGGCCACCACAUCGCCGCCAGACGCACCGCCAUCAUCGGCUGCUCCAUCGCCUGCGGCGGCUGCCGCUGGACAGAUUGCGGCCAGCGAGAACUAUUCGUACGUGACGCUGACGGCGGUCCAUCAUGAUUACAACUAUCCGGUGGUGGACCAGCCGGUGGGGGCGCAGGUGCUCAACGCUCGACGGGAGUCGAUCAGUGCGUUGAAGAAACGGAACGCUCUGGAGGCGGCCCAGGCCAUGGCAGCGGGUCAAACGGUGUCGAUCGGUGCCGGAGGAUGUGGUGGGGCAGAAAAGCCUCUCAACAAGCCGAACGUAUCCGACAUUCUGAAGAGAACGCGCCUGCGCUGCCGGUACUGCCACGAGCUGUACAGUGAGCAAUUCAACAGUCGCGGGGCCUGCGAAUAUGCCCCGGAUCCCUUCCGCAGCGGCUACGAGUGCAUUUCCGGAAUGGGCUGCGCCCGCUGUAUGAUUUACCACUGCAUGAGCGAUGCCGAGGGCGAGACGGCCCAACAUCCGUGCGAUUGCAGCGUCAGCGAGGCCGGUUGCAGCAAGCGCUGGCUGGGCCUGGCCCUCCUCUCGCUGUUUGUACCCUGCUUGUGGUGCUAUCCGCCGCUCCGCGCCUGCCACUGGGCGGGCAUCCGUUGCGGUCUCUGCGGCGGCCAGCACAAGCCGCAUGUCUGACAUUUGGAGGCCCGCUUGCAAGGACAGCACGAUGAUGACCCCCCCAGGCCCAGAAGCGAAUUCCAAUACCAACAACACGAGCAGCAAAGCAAGCGUCCAUUGUGGGGUGCCAAGCAGAAGCAGUCGCAGCAAUCUCAAUCCCAAUCGCAGCGGCACUUUUACAAUUGGGAACUUUCCCACAGCUUGGGCGCCCCGCAGCAAGAGAUGCCGCCCCCGUAUUUAAUGCAGCCAACCGGCAGGAAGGCGGCCCAGAACGAUUACGGACGCUUGCUCUUCUAGGCUUUAACCCAGAGUGACUGCUUCAAGCCACAUUUUCACGAGAUGACUUCAAAAAGUUGAACUUUUCACUUUCAAAUCCAGUUUGAGCUGAGAAACGGAGUGUCUUUGUUGUAGAGCAGUUAGCUGAGGUGUCUGUAGAGUCAGAUCUUCAGACUUGUAGAGGAGAAAUGCUUUCAAUAUUAUGACAACAGGAAAAUGCAGCUCAGGGGAUCUAAGGUGAAAGAUCAGAAGUACAAAGAUGAGACGUUCAGGCAUAUGUAGAAAGUAGGCAAAGCCUUCAUUCCCUUGUAACGAAAAGAAAAAAUACAAAUUGGGAAAUUUUAGCUGAAAUGUUAAAAAGCAAGCCAAUUCUUAGAUGAAAUCAUUCAGAUUAUAAGCUUCAGCUAUGAAACUAAAGUAAACUAAGACAAAUUCAACUGAAAAAUAAGCUUGGGAGCUAAAAUACUUCUACAUAUGCUUGAAUGUUGAACAAACAGACAGUUUAGCUUUGAAAUUAACUCGUGAAAAUGGAGCUUGGUUCGCUUUCAGUAUCAUUUCGGUAAAACUCCAUUUGAAUUGCCAUAAUUUAUUGUAUAUACAAAGAAGCAGAAGGGAAGGAUUACGUAUCUAUUUUUAAUAUUUUACUUUAUAAAUUGUAAUUUACGUUUAAUAAUAGUUUUGUAUAAAUGGGCUAUUUUUGUUUUUAUUCGUAACUGUAACCAACCUGUUUUAGAGAUCAAAUAUUGUUUAUUUUAGUUUAAGUUGUUUCUAGGGUUUUUUGCUACUUACAUUUGCUUGUUUACAAUUCGAAAUUGGAGAACAGUAUUAAAACAAGGCCGAGGCAAAGGCGGCGAAACGAGAACUAAAAUACAUAUAUAUUCAAAUGCUA